AAAAAUGACUAAGUUAAAAAAUACAUAAAACUAUGAAAUUAUGAAUGAAUAUACAGUACUUAAGAUUAAGAUGCCAAAGACAUCUUUCAAAAAUACAAAUUUAUUACAUUAUCUUUAUAUAAAAGAACAUGAUCGAUAUCGACCAACACCUCUUGCAAAUCAUCCGGAAAAUUUUCCUGAAGGACCUUCACUAUUUGUCUCAAAUCUUCCUAUUGACACUACGCAUGAUCAUUUAAAAUAUCUUUUUAAUCAUCUGGGAUGUAGAAUCCAGCAAGUGUUUUUUCAUUUUAUACAAAAACCGUCUUAUAUUAAAGAAAAUAUAAGUGAAGAUUAUACAGAAAAUGAAAAAAAUUCUGAAGACACAGUAUUAUCUGUAUGGAAAAGAAGAAUUCUAAGCUCUGGAUCAUGGGCGAUCGUAGAAUUUUUGGAAAAACAAGAUAUUCAAUAUAUUUUGGAAAAAAAAAAUCAUAAAAAACUUGAAAAUUACGUAUGGGGACAGAACAUACCGAAAAAUAGGGUACCUGAGCUUGGAUUUAAUCAUUAUUGGGAUCAUUAUAAUUUAAUAUAUCCUUCGCAUGAAAAGUUGCAGACAUCAAUUGACAAAUAUAUGGAAGCCUUUUAUUUAGCCGAAGAAAAAAAGAAACGGUUAAGAAAAUUCCAAAGAACUGAGCCGGAUGAGGAAGGAUUCAUUACUGUUACUAGGGGAGGAAGAACUGGCGCAGGAAGAAUUAAUGAGGGGAUGAAAAUGCAGGAAAAAAAGAAAGACAAAUAUAUACUUCAUGACUUUUAUAAAUUUCAAAGACAAGAGGGAAAAAACAAGAAAUUAAUAGAAUUAAAAAAGAAAUUUGAAGAAGAUAAAGAAAAAAUAAAGGAAUUUCGAGAGAAAAAACGAUUUAAAAUGUACUCAUAACAAUUUAAGAAUUUAUUAAUAAAUUAGGAGAACCCGAUAUUUUGUCCAUCAUAGAAAGCAUUCUCUUCAAGUUGUUUUUCUAUCGAAUGUUCUGCUUUUUUUACUUCAUCAAUUUUAUAAUGUAAUUUUGUAGUUGUAGAUUGAAUCCAUUGCAAACUUGAAAGAUGUGAAUUAAGAAUUUUGACAAUCGAAGAAAGCUUAAAUAAUUAGUUAUCAAAAUAUAAAUCAUAAAAUUAUCAAAUUUACUGGAUCAUCUUCACUUGUUUUAUUAAUUAAAUUGGAUGCAGCAUUAAUUUCAUCUAUCAUAGAUCCCAAAUUUCUCCCAAGUCCAUCAAGUUUUUCUGUUAAUUUUUCAGCAAGAGUAUACCUAUUUUUUUAUCAAAAUGCAAAUAACAGAGACAGUGAACAUACACUUUUUCUCUUUCUUGAUCUGCUGGCUGCAUUCCAUCUGGUCUACAAAACUGUCUUUCACUUAAUUCCUGAACUUGACUUUCAUAUUGAUC